AUGGCUAGCAGAAUUGAUGUAGGAGGUAUUUCUGGUUUCUUCACUCUUCUGCAGACUAGGAAUGGCUACCGGAGUCAGCUUGAUAAUUUCAAGACUAGUGAUAUGUCAUACGGUGAGGAUGUGCAUGUUACCUAUCUUAGGACACUUUAUUACGGCGGGCUUCUGUACCGUGACAUAUGUGAGCCUUAUAUGCCAGCAUGUUUAGGGAUGAUUCAAACGAUUUCACCCGGUGAAGCAUACUACAAGCUGGAUUUUUCACUGACACCCGCGUCAGACGGAUGGAAGGCCUUGCCGGUCCUAGGUUGCUUGAGUUUUCUACCUUAUACCCCAGUCAUACCUAAUGAUGUUGGAGCUACCCAUACUGGGUACAUGGACUGGCAUAAGAAGUACUCACAUCCAUACGUCCUCCCAUCGGAGUGUCGCAGCAUUGAAACGACGAACGCCACUACAUGCUUGGUUCUCUGGGUGAACAAAUUUCGGGAUGCCACAAAUGAGGCCAUUGAGAUAGCUAUGGAGGCAGAUCUUGUUAGGGCGGAAGCAGUGAGGGAGACAGUUGAAGGUCUCAUGGCUACUUUCCAUAAUUUAGGUGUUAGCCACGCAACACAGUACAAGCAAAAUUUACCCACCCACAUUAAAUAUGGUGGCAAUGGGAAACAAGUCAUCAAGCACAAUCAUGCAAUGAUCGAGACCACAACCACUAUUACUUUCAUGCCUUGUGCGGAGAUUUCGUUGUCCUGCGACCAUGCUCAGGUGAGGAACCACGCCCACGUGAGGAACCACGACCACAUGAGGAACUACGACCACGUGAGGAACAACGACCAGGAGAGAAACUACGUGAUGAACUUUGAUCCCCUGGAGUGUUAUCGAGACAACUGA